AUAAAAAUAAAAAUUUGAAAGAUAUAAAUAGUAACUGACACUACCAUUCGAAUUCUGUCCACUCUCACGGUUACGAACAUUUUGUUCUUAUAGUUUGGAGAAGACAGUUUGCUACAAAUUAACGCAUUCAAUCUAAAAACUACUGUGAAAAACCGGUUCUUCGUUCUUAUCGCCGUGAAAAUUUUUACUUGGGCUCAAUUACGAAUAAAAUAAAUUGCCGUAAUUUACUACUUGAGUUCAAUUGAUGCGUACAAAUCAGGCGAACAUAUAACUAGUAAAUUGGAGUGCAUACUGAGCUUGGUUUCAGUGCAAGCAAGACACAUGGUUUGGAAAAAUGUGCGCUCAAAAGGUGGAAAAUCAUGACAGUGAAAAUUUGAAUCGCGGCCAGUGGGCUUCUAAAACCGAAUUUAUUUUGUCGUGCCUUGGCUAUGCUAUCGGCAUUGGCAACGUAUGGAGGUUUCCUUAUUUAUGUUACAGAAACGGUGGAGGUGCUUUUCUCAUUCCCUACCUGUUAAUGUUGUUUUUUUGUGGAAUACCCUUGUUUUUUAUGGAAACAUGUUUGGGACAAUUUGCCAGUACCGGAUGCAUCAGCAUGUUCAAAAUAACACCAAUUUUCAAAGGAGUGGGCAUUGCCAUAAUGAUCGUGAAUUUAGUUACUUUGACCUACUUCAACAUAAUCAUUGCAUAUCCAGUUAUUUUUAUGCUUAAAUCGUGGAGUGCUGUUCUUCCAUGGCAAGAGUGUAACAACCAAUGGAACACAAUAAAUUGUAUUCAGAUUACGAGUCAAAAUAAUGGUGCCAAUCAUACAAAUCAACUGCCGUUUAAAACACCAGCUGACGAGUUUUUCCACAAUGAAAUUUUGAAAAUAUCAAGUGGCAUUGAUAAUUUGGGUGGAAUCGUGUGGUCGGUCUUUUGGGCUGACUUGCUUGUUUGGGUAAUAGUUUAUUUUUGCAUCAUGAAGGGAGUCAAAUCGGUCGGAAAAGUUGUGUAUUUCACUGCAACUUUUCCAUUCAUUAUACUCGCAAUACUUUUAGUGAGGGGAGUGACGUUACCAGGCGCAAUGGAUGGAAUUAAAUUUUAUUUGAUGCCAAAGUGGAGCGAAUUACUGAACUUAAAAGUAUGGGCAGAUGCAGCUCUGCAAAUAUUUUUUUCGUUGGGUCCAGGAUGGGGUGGAAUUGUAAAUAUGGCCAGCUACAAUCCCUUUCGAAACAAUACAAAAUGGGACUCUAUUAUUGUGCCUGUUGUUAACAGUGCCACGAGCAUCUUCGCUGGUUUUGUUGUGUUUUCCGUUUUGGGAUUUAUGUCAUUUAAAACUGGUCAAGACAUUGAUAAAGUGGCAACUGGUGGUCCUGGCUUAUCGUUCGUUACGAUGCCUUUAGCGCUGACAAUGAUGCCCUUUCCUCAAUUGUGGUCCUUUCUAUUUUUCUUCAUGCUAUUUUUAUUGGGCCUUGAUACCGUUUUUGUACAGUUGGAAGCAGUUUUAUCGUCUAUAAUGGAUGAAUGCCAGAUGUUACGAUCGCACAAAUCAAAAGUGUUUCUCGUGUCUAUUUUUCUGAUAUUCAUAGCAUCGAUUCCAUGUACAACGGAGGGCGGAAUGUAUGUUCUGCAACUUCUCGAUUGGUAUGCAGCUUCAAUAUCAGUCAUUUUAAUUUGCUUUCUCGAAUUACUGUGUGUUUGCUGGUUUUAUGGAAUCGAUCGAUUCGUUCGUGACAUUGAAUUUAUGCUCAAUGCAAAAUUGCAUUGGUGGUGGCAAGUUUGCUGGAAAUAUAUCACACCGACUAUAUUGAUGUUCAUUUUCGUUACGUCCAUAAUAUACAAUUCGAAUGUUACAUACAAUGGCGUAUCAUAUCCUAAAUGGUCUAUAACCUGUGGAUGGCUGUUGUGCUUGACAUCGAUUACUGCUAUUCCGACUUACAUGCUUUAUAAACUUCUUAUUACGAGAGGAUCACUAAAAAAGAGAAUAGCAAUUGGCCUAACAUCACAGGACUGGGGACCUUCAGAUGCCCACACCCGGCAAGAAUGGAUUGAUCACGUUGCGGAAAUAAGAGACAGAUGAAUUUGAAUUUCAUUUGAUGCCGGAACAGUCGACAAAAUAGAAAUUAAGAUAGAAGUAGUCAAACGGAACUGUUUUCAAUCGAAAGAUGAUAUAAAUGAGAUUUUU